AUGAAGUUGUUACUCUUCCUUAUACCUUUCGUACCCUUCAUUCUUGCUGAUGACAAUGUAAAAGAAAUCAAUGCUAAAUGUAGAGGAUUACUGAGUUGUGCAGUCAAAAAGAAGUGUAUUCAGAUGAACUACUUGAUCAAACAAUUUGACCAACAAGAGAUCUCUUCUGACAUGUACAAUGCGUUGGAUAAGGUACUAUAAUAUAGUUUUUAAAAUUUUCAGCAUAUUUUUAUACUCAAAAUGUAGCUAUUAUAAGGUACUUUGUUCAAAAAGUAAUGAGCUAUGACUAAAGCAAAUUUUUAAAAAAUCACAAAAAAUAAUGAUUUAAACCCAGAAUUUUUUUUGUGUUUUCGUAGUUUAAUAUCUAAGUAGUAUAAUAUAGUACUGAAAAACUAAAACUAAUAAUCUUUUCAGGCAGUUGAUUACGGUUGUAUCUUCACAUCCGGCUGUCUGGAUGAAUGCAAUCGAUGUCCGCUUUGCCAAAAUUCAAAACAGCAACUUGUUGAUGUAUUGAGUGGCUCCAAAAGAGAAGAAGGGGGUAUGAAUUUCACAAUAAAAUAAUAAUUUUUUUCUAAUUUAAAUUUUUUUUUAAUUUUCAAACCUAAAAUUAAUUUUUUAAAAAAUUUUUUAAUUUAAUACCAAUCUUUCUAGGAGAAUGUUACGUUCUAGUAAACUGUGCAUCCGACUGUGUAGCAGCCUCAGGCACCGACAUCACCAAGAUCAACUACUGUCUCCGCCGGAAGUGUGCCUUCCACUGUUUCGAUGGAAGUUGUCAGAAGUGUUCGGCCUUUGUUACCCGCAUCUUCAACCAAGUUUGUGUGUCCGGAGAUCUGAGGGCAAAAGUGAAAAACUUUGAAGGACAUUGCUACGAGAUGUUCCGUGAGAUUGUGUACCACAAGUUCAUCAAGGAGUUUGAGGAAGCUGGCUCGGAGCCGUCUAUUGGGAAUCGACAGGGAAACGCGACAAAGGAGAAUUGA